AUGAAUUAUUAUAUGCCCCAAAAUUUUGAUGAAAUAUUAGUGCAUCCAAAGGACAAAUUAAAUAUUUUACAAUUUUUUAUAAACAUAAUAAAUUUUAACAAUGAUCCGAUAUUAUGUAAAGAAUUACAAAUAGCUUCCAAUACUAAAGAAAAUGAAGAUAUACAAAAAUUAAAAAAUGUAUGUGUAAUAUUAGGUGUGCCUGGAAGUGGAAAAACAACAUUAAUAAAAUAUAUAUGUCAAAAAUUGAAUAUUAGAGAAUGUUACUAUGAAUCUGAAUCUCAAGAAAAUAUAAAUUUUAUUAGGAAUAUGAAAAAUGCAGAUGGGGAUGACUCUUAUUAUUAUCAUCCUUAUAAUGAAUUUUUAUUGUACUCAAGUUGCCAAAUAGGCAAUAAUAAAAAACCUAAGAUUAAAAAUGAAAAAAAAUAUGAACAAGUAAAAAUAAUAGAUGAUAAAAUAUACAAAGAUAUAACAGAAAAUAAUAGGGAUGAUGAACAAUUAAGCGAAAAUAUUGAAAGGAACUUUGAAGGUAUUAAUGGAAAUAAUAAUAAACGGAAAUAUAUAGAUAAAGACGAAAUAGCCAACUUAAAUAAAAUAGCAAAGUUAGAUGUAGAAAAGAGCAACACAAAUAUCCAGGAAAUGAGUCUACUUCUACACAACAGUAAUGAAAAUAUAAACAAUAUCAGCGGUAAUGAUGUGGUAAAAAAAGUGAUCAUGGAAGAAUUAACCGAAUACAACAUGUUGAAUGGAAAAUCAGCUAAGAUGUUUUUAAAAAUGUGCAAUCUAUUUAUAAAUAUAUUAGAGAUGUCAAUCAAAAGUGUUGAACAAGAAAACGAAAACGAAGAAGACGAGUUGUUAUUACCAUUAUCGCUUAUGAGCAAUAGUUAUUACAAAAUCAUAGAUAAAAAUUAUAAAUUAAUAAACACAAUUUGGAAGAAAGGACAAAAUAUUUUAGCUUUUUCUUGGACUUUUAGAAAAAAUUUUCUAAAAAAUUUUGAAAAAUCAAAUAAAAUCGAAAAAAAAAAUAUAAUAGACUUAUUUGUAGAUAGUAAUUAUCUUGAGUAUGUAAUUAAAAACUUAAAUAAAUUAAAUAAAAUACAUGAAAAUAUUAAUGUUAAUUUUCUUGAAUCAAAUAAUAUUAAUAAAUUAAUAAUUGAAAAUUUAAAAAUAGCUAAUCAUUUGAUGGCAGAAAAUAGGGGGAAUAUGUUUUUAGCUAACACAUUAAAAGAGGAUGUAAUUUGUUAUAUAAAAAAAAAAAAUAUUAAAAAGAAAAUUGAAGAUAUUAUAUUUAGAAAAUAUUGUUUUGAAAAAAAAAAUAACAAUAAUAAUAAUGAUAAUAAUAAUAAUAAUGAUAAUAAUAAUAAUGAUAAUGUAGGUAUUGAACAAAUAUUUAAAUCAUUUUCUUUUUUAGCCAAUUUUAAGAAAGAGUAUAAGGGGAACAGUGACAUAUUAUUAAACAAUUCUCUAAAUAGAGAAAUUAAAAAUUUUAUCGAUUUUCAUAAUUCUAGAGAAGUAAUAAAAUGGUUAAUAGUCGAUGAAAAUCAUAAUAAUUCCAUGAUAAAAUAUACAACUAUUAUUAAUUCUUUAAACGAAAGAAAAAGUUGUUUAAAUGUUUUAAAAAGUUUGAAACCAAAACAUGGAAUAGACAAUUUAAUGGAAUUUCCAGAGACACAUUUUAAUUUUCAAAAUAAAUGUGAUAUAAAUAAAUAUGUAGACGAAAUAAUUGAGAAUAUAAAUUAUUCUGAUAAUAAUAUGAUUGAGUUGAUUUUUAUAAAUAACAUAAAUAAUAAUUUAAUAAAUAAUAUGAAUUUAAAUAUUUCUAUAAAUGAACUAAUAAACUGUAAUGAAUUUAUAACUAACUAUCUAACAGAUACAAUUAUUAUUAAUUAUUUGAUUGUUAAAUAUUUGAAGGAAGAAUCUGUAAAUUCUUUUAUAAAAGCAAAUAGUUCCAUUAAAAGAAUGGAUAAAGAAAAUUUGGAAUUAUAUGAAUGGUUGCAAAAAGGUGAAGGAAUUAAAUAUUUAACAAAUGAAAAUAACACAAGGAAAGAAAUUCUAACAUGUCUAAAUAGUUCCACUUUAUCUAAUUACAAUGAUUUUAUAUCUUUUAAUAAACGGAAAGAAAAAUUAUUUUCCAAUACUCAAAGCAUUUCAAGAAGAAACGACAAAACUGAUAUUCGUUCAAAAAAUGUAGAGACAUCAAAUGAUGGGUUUGAUUUUAUAUCGGAAAAGGUUCGAGAAAAAAUAAUAAAUUAUUCAAAAGAAAUAUAUAAAAUAAAUAAAAAAAUAAUAUGUGGAUUAAAUAAAUAUAACGAAUUAAUAGAAAAGACAAUAGUUUUAUUAAAAAAAGAAUAUGUUAUAAAAAAAAAACUUUUGAUUGACAUUUUUGAAUGUUUAGAAAUAAAUGAUAAUGUAAUGAAUUGGCUUGUACCUAAUGAUUUUAAAAAGAUAUUAAAUAGCAUAAUUCUGAACAGUACCCUAUAUAGACAUUUUAUAAAUAUAAAUUUAAAAAGCAAAAAAGAAUAUGAUAAAAAAAAAAACUAUUAUGAUAAUCAUUAUAUAAAUACUCGUGCUAUUAUUAUUGAUGAAUUGCCUUUAUCUGAAUUAGAAUAUUCUGAAGACUUCCGAAAGAGUUGUGUUAAUUCUAUUCAAUUUAUUUUUAAUCGUGUUAUUUUGUGUAAAAAAGAAUAUUCUAAAUAUAUUAAUAAAGAGAUAAAAAAUCCCAAAAAUCGUGAAUGCUAUUAUAUACACCCAAUAAUUAUUUUUAUAAAUUCUUUUGAGAAAAUAAAAACAAUUAAUACAUUAUUAGGAGUUGAUAUAAAUUAUUCUCCAUUUGUUAAUUUUAUAAAAUUAAAAAAAAUACAUCCAUUAAAUCUUGAAAAGGCAUUAUCUGAGAGAUAUUAUUGUAAAAUGAUAAAUUUAAAUAAAAAUAUAAAAGAAGUUAUAAAAAAUAUAUCUUAUAAUUGUAAUGGAGAUAUUCGAUCUUGUUUUAAUUCUUUAGAUUUUAUAAAUCGAAUACCAGAAUUAAAUAAAAUGUCAUUUGAACAAAUAAUGGAUGUUUCAAUACUAUGUCAAAAUGAUAUUUUUACUUUUGCUAAAAAUGUUUUAUGUGGACAAAUUAAUUCAAAAAAUAGGUUAUCAAAUAAUAGUAACAACAAUGUAAAUUUAGAAGCUCAUUUAAGUUCCAAUAUAAAUAAUGAGUCCAUAUUUCGAAAUGAUAAUGUUGAUAUAAGUGCAUAUAAUAAUGUAAAACCGAAUUUUAUUAAAAAUGCAAAAAAAAAAAAAAAAUGGAGUAUUUAUAAAGAAUUAGACGAAAAAGCAGAUAUGAUGGAUGUAAAUGAAAAAUUUCAAGUUUUAUCUAUAUUAAAAGAAAAUUUUAUAUUUUUUUAUCAUAAUUUAUAUGAUAUAGCUAAAUUGUUUUCGAAUUUAAGUACAAUUGAUUAUUCUUUUCGAGGUAUAGAUUGUUCAAAUAAUUUAAUGAGAAAAAUGUGUGAUAAUAAAAAUCAUGAUACUACAAAAUUUAUUAAUGAGCAUUUUAGUUUAACAUAUAGAUAUUACAUUAUAUGUAAUAGAAGUCAUAAUCAUUUAAUGCAAAAUGAAUAUUUAUCUAAUGGGAUAGAAAUGUUAGACAUUGCAGAAAAAGUUAACAACUCAUCAGUUACUGCAUCAACCAAAUCUUUGCAAAAAACUAACUUAGAUAAUACUGUAAAACAAAAUUCAUUUUUAGUUAAAACAUUUUUUUCGUUAAAGACAAAUUAUAUGAAUAAAUAUUAUCAUCAUUUUAGUAUAGCUCGAAAAAAAUUAUAUGAUAGAUAUAUUAUGAUAGUUAUUAGAAAAUUAAUUAAUCAAAAUAUAAAUACUGAUGAAAAUAUUACUGAAAAAUAUGGAUUUUUUUUACGAGGAAAUUAUGAGUUAUUUUCUAGCGUUCUACCAUCUUAUAUAUUACUCACUAUAAAAUAUUGGAACAGUACUUAUAAAAAUGGAUGUAACAAUAUAAUGAUGACUAAUAGAAUAAGUGAAGAAAAUAUAGUACUCGAAAAUUAUGAAGAAAAUAAAAAUUUUGAAACCAAUGAACACAAUAGUAUAAAUAAUAAUGAUGAUAUAAAAAUUGAUCAAAAUGAAAUAAAUAAACCAUAUGGAUUUUAUUUUAAUGAAUAUUGUGAAAUGCUUUAUAAUUUUAACCCCAAUUCUAUAAAAGAUAAAAAGCGGUAUGAACAUAUGAUGGAAGUUAUUUCUUUCGCUGAAACAUUUAUUACUCCAAAAUUUAUUGCUCUUUUUUUCCCUUCAUACUUAAAAUAUUUAAAAAACGGAACUAAACAAAAACAGAAUGUAAUAAACCUAGUAGGCAACCAAGCAGUAUCUAAAGAGACAUAUUUUGAAAUGAUAAAAUUACUUCGAAUGCAUGAUAUGGAGUUGUAUAAUUAUUUUUUUUAUUAUUAA